AUGGAGACCGAGGCAGCACAGUACCAGGUAAGCCCAGGUCUAAAGCCAUCGUCCAAAUACAUGGCUCGGUACAGUUCCAUCCCAAUUGCAACAUACUUGUGGGGCGAGAAAUCACACGAGCAAUACGCCAAGUCCCUUCCCACUCACAGCGGCAAUGUAGAGGCCGGCUCUCUUAUAGGAGAUGGCACCUACGAGGACGUGGAAAGGCUCGUGAGCGAAGCGCUACGCAUGAUAGCUCACAUCUACGACACCGCGGAGCUGUCCGCUCCCCAAGAGGCUACUGAACUUGCCGCCAUCCGAUUGUCAGAGGAUCUCCAGACAUGGAAACGACAGCAACAUCAGGCGGGGCGGGCGCUACCCAGGAAGGGCUUUGGGCUCAAACGGACGCCUCAAAGCAUGCUCAAGAGCCUUGGAGCAGAGCACUGGCCACUGCCACUACAGACUAACAAUUCCGUCUUCGGAGUUGUGUGGGCAAACCUGGCGAUUGGUGCUUGCGAUUUCGAGACCCUUUGCUCCAAUUAUUGCGGCGACAUGGCUUUCUACUACGAGCAUGGGUACCACAAAGUGUUUCCCGAAUUCCAGGACACAAUUAACGAUCUUGGGCACGGCCACCGUCACGCUCUCUCGACAUUUGCUGGUCCGUAUCGACGCAAGGCCGCCGCACAGGGCAUUCGCUACAUACGUGGCAAGGUCGACCUGGAAACAAUGCAUUACCGUAACCUGCCUGGCAAAUCAGCAAGAGUGGAUCGUCGCACAAUGCAGGUCGUCAGUUUCUCCGAAAGCAGCCUGAUCGGUAUGGCAGCUGAGGCAAUGAAGCGUGGCUUUGACCCCGCAGCUGUGAUGGCAGACAUGGUCUUCUCGUCACCUGCAACAGAUGUGGUUGAUGUUGGCUCAGAUCUCGGUAACAGCGAGAUCAUGAACUCAUUCCUGAAUACCAGUGACGUUACAAACAGUGGCGUCGUCACAGAGGAUAUUCUCAGGACAGUGUACGACGCGUAUUCUUAUACUUGCGCUCGUAUCUUCACGGAGAGAUGGACCACACCAACUGCAAAGAUGAACGCCCAGUUGUAUCCCUGGCACAUUCUCAACGACCGCCACUUCUUCUUCCGACGCAUAGUGCUAGGGUAUGCAAAGGUGCGGCGGACAAAGCCAGACCAGCGUGAGGCCGACCUGAACGAGACGUUUGACGAGAACCUCCAUACCACGGGCUUUAGCAGGUCACUUCAAAACGCCUGCGAUGGCCAUGACACCUGCAAUCAGUGA